AUGUUGUGUCUCUAUGUCAGUGCCUCCACCACAGACCUGUCCGGGGGCUACGACUCCGGCGGCAGCUCCCUGAGGAAGAGUCCGGACCAGUACAGCUCGAGGGGCAGCAUGGACAGCCUGGACCCCCCCCAGUCCACUCACCUUAACCCCGGAGCUCAGAACCACCACACAAACAGCGGACCCCACCCCGCCUACUCCUCCUGCCACCAGCUUUCCUCUGCCAGGUCCUCCAACAGCAUCGACCACCUGCACAGCAAGCGAGACUCCGCCUACUCCUCCUUCUCCACCAGCUCCAGCAUCCCAGAGUACCUGGCCUCCAUGCCUUCCUUCAGCCCGGAGCGCUCGUAUUCUCUCGAGACGGUCCUUCAGAGAGAGAGAAGAGGUGGAGACAUGCGGCAGGCGGACGUGUGCUACGCCCAGACGGUGUAUGACGUCCAGAGGGGCCACGAAAUCCAGCUGAGCUCCACCUCCGCCGCAUUGCUAAGCAACAGAAAUUCCAGAGGCGAGGGAGAAGGGAGGCCGGGGCACAGCAGAGAGCUACAAGGUGGGGUCUGUUACCGUGGCAGCAGCAGUGGCAGCAGCAGCAGUGGCAGCAGCAGUGGGGGUGUACCGGCAUCACAAAGACACAGUGUGGGGCCAAUAUGGGGCCCCUCAGCCAGCCACAGCUCAUACGAGAACUUGAAGGGGGCGCCAGCUCCACCGAUGCGCAGCGAUAGCUACGCAGCCAUCAGGAACCACGAGAGACCCAACUCCUGGUCCAGUCUGGAUCACGCCCGCUCACUACGGUCAGUCACAUCAGAGGGAUAUCCAUUCUCAUCCAACAAAACUCUAAUCAAAACAAUGGUGAUGAGCAUUUAAUUCAAGAGCA